AUGGCAUCGUCCUCACAGAUCUACGAGGCGUGUGCUUCCGUCUCUCAGAGUGAUGAAGAGAUUCUCAAGUGCAUUACCACACAACUGCUGAUUCAAGACAGUUCUGAUCGAGAGUUCUCAAGGACCAUCUUUUUGGUCAUCAGUGCUGCCCUCGUCUUUUACAUGCAAGCUGGCUUUGCCAUGCUCUGUGCAGGUGCGGUGCGGAAGAAGAAUGUUCAGAAUACCAUGCUCAAGAAUCUACUCGAUGCGUGCGGAGCAUCCAUUGCCUUUUUUGCCUUUGGAUAUGCCUUUGCCUAUGGCGACGGAUCCAAUCCAAAUUCCUUCAUCGGCACUACCAAUUUUCUACUGCUGGAUGUCGACGAUUAUGCCUUUUUCCUAUUCCAGUAUGCCUUUUCGGCGGCUUCGGCUACCAUUGUGGCUGGUACUUUAGCCGAACGUUGUCAAAUGGCUGCCUAUCUCUGUUAUUCCCUCAUGUUGGCAGGUUUGGUCUACCCAGUAGUAGUCCAUGCCAUUUGGUCCGGUCAUGGAUUUCUCAGUGCCUUUUCGGCCGAUCCAUUCUUGGGUACGGGGUGUCUCGAUUUUGCCGGUGGUGGUGUGGUGCACUGCACCGGUGGUACUACCGCACUCUUUGCAACUAUGAUUUUGGGACCCCGACGAGGACGCUUUCAUGAUGAACAGGGACGCAAAUUAGACAAGCCCAAGGAAUUCCCAGGACACUCGAUUGCUUUGCAGAUGCUGGGUACCAUGACUCUGUGGUUCGGCUGGUACGGAUUCAAUGCCGGUUCGGCGUUGAUCACCAACUCGCCUGAAAUUCAUAACUUGAUGGCCGUUGCUGCCGUCAAUACUACCCUUUCGGGUGGCAUGGCGGGAUUGAUGUCCCUCUUUGCCAAUUACUAUGCUCUCGAACGUGCCACUGGUGAACCAGUUUUUGAUUUGGUUGUGGCCAUGAAUGGAUCACUUUCUGGACUCGUGGCCAUUACCUCGGGAUGUGGAAUGGUCGAACCUUGGGCAGCGGUUAUCAUUGGAGCUCUGGCUGGGCUCUUGUACCUAUUUGGUACCAAUUGGCUCAUCAAAAUGCGCUUGGACGAUGCCGUCGAUGCGAUCCCCGUCCACAUGUUCAAUGGUCUUUUUGGAUUGGUUGCAGUCGGACUCUUUGCGUCUCCUCGCAAAUUGAAUUUGGCCUAUGGCAAGGAAAUGCCACAUUAUGGACUCUUUUAUUCGUGGUACCAUGGCCAUAGCGAUGCUCAUUUGUUGGCUGCCCAAAUUGUCGGUGGUCUCUUUGUGGUUGGGUGGGUCUUGGUGACCAUGUUGCCCUUCUUUAUUUGGCUGGACUGGAGAGGAUGGUUCCGUUCGGACCCUCUCGAAGAAAUUGUUGGUUUGGAUACUAGUUAUCAUGGUGGAUUGAUUCUUUCGAGUGAGGAAGACGUCAAUCCUGAAUACAUUUCGCGAUUCAAGGAUCGACGAGACGAGGUGCGUAGGAGAAGGAAUGGUGGGGAAGCACUCACCGAAGCCAUGAAGUCGGAAUACGAUCAAGAGGAAGAAGAUCCUGCCACUGCAUAA